UCCGCCGCCGCCGCCGCCCGCGGACGGGGCGGGGAUCCCGGUGCCAGGCCCUCGUCAGCCCGCCCCUGCCGCCUCCGCCGGCUGUCCCGGGCCGGGUCCGACCGUCAUGGAGCGGGGCGGGACCUCCGCCUCUUCAGUGUGAGGUGCGUAGCUGCCGACGCUUUUCGACAUCUCCGGAGCCGCCGCCGCCCGGAGCCCCCGGAGGCCCCCCUCGCCCCCCAGCAGCGUGUCGCCGCAGCCCCCGCACCCCACGGCCCCCGGACAGGGCUCGAAUGCACGUCGGCUGAACGUGCAGGCCCGGCGCCGCCGCCGCCGCUGCCGCCGCCGGGAGAUGUUUCGGGCCUAGCGGAGCCGGGACUGGAGGGAAUCUAGAGCAACAGCAAAGCUGAGGUCAAACUGCCAUAAGGAUGGACACCAAGGAAGCUGUGUUUGGGACAAAAAGAAAUCAAGAUAAGCAACAUGAACCGUGAAGACCGGAAUGUGCUGCGUAUGAAAGAAAGGGAAAGGCGGAAUCAGGAAAUUCAGCAGGGUGAAGACGCCUUCCCUCCUAACUCCCCUCUUUUUGCUGAGCCAUACAAAGUUACUAGUAAAGAAGAUAAGCUAUCCAGUCGCAUUCAGAGUAUGCUUGGAAACUACGAUGAAAUGAAGGAUUUCAUAGGAGACAGAUCUAUACCAAAGCUCGUUGCAAUCCCCAAACCAACAGUACCACCAACAGUAGAUGAAAAAUCAAACCCAAAUUUCUUUGACCAGAGACAUGGAAGUUCUCAUCAGAAUAGUAAAUGGACUCCAGUAGGGCCUGCACCCAGCACUUCUCAGUCUCAGAAACGAUCCUCGGGUUUACAGAGUGGACAUAGUAGCCAGAGAGCCAGUACAGGUGGCAGUGGUGGCACCAGUAGUGGUCAGAGGCAUGACCGUGACUCAUAUAGCAGUAGUGGGAGCAGUAGCCGGAAAAAAGGUCAACAUGGAUCAGAACACUCCAAAUCACGCUCUUCUAGUCCUGGAAAACCACAGGCUGUCCAGUCAUUAAGUUCCAGUCAUUCCAGGUCUCAUGGGAAUGAUCAUCAUAGCAAGGAACAUCAGCGUUCCAAAUCACCUCGGGACCCUGAUGCAAACUGGGACUCUCCUUCCCGUGUACCUUUUUCAAGUGGGCAGCACUCAAGUCAGUCUUUCCCCCCUUCAUUGAUGUCAAAGUCCAGUUCAAUGUUACAGAAACCCACUGCCUAUGUGAGGCCCAUGGAUGGGCAGGAGUCCAUGGAACCAAAGCUGUCCUCUGAGCACUACAGCAGCCAAUCCCAUGGAAGCAGCAUGACUGAACUGAAGCCCAGCAGCAAAGCACAUCUCACCAAGCUGAAAAUCCCUUCCCAAACACUGGAGGCAUCUGCUUCUGGUGACGUGAGCUGUGUGGAUGAAAUUCUUAAAGAGAUGACGCAUUCAUGGCCUCCCCCUCUAACGGCUAUUCAUACACCAUGCAAAACAGAACCUUCUAAAUUUCCUUUUCCAACCAAGGAGUCUCAGCAGUCUAAUUUUGGCCCUGGAGAACAAAAAAGAUAUAAUCCUUCUAAAACUUCAAAUGGGCACCAGUCUAAAUCUAUGUUAAAAGAUGACUUAAAACUAAGCAGCAGUGAAGACAGUGAUGGGGAACAGGAUUGUGAUAAGACAAUGCCAAGGAGUACACCAGGGAGUAACUCUGAACCUUCACACCAUAAUAGUGAAGGAGCAGAUAACUCCAGGGAUGAUUCUAGCAGCCACAGUGGAUCUGAAAGCAGUUCUGGAUCUGAUUCUGAGAGUGAAAGUAGUUCCAGUGACAGCGAGGCAAAUGAGCCAUCCCAGAGUGCAUCUCCUGAGCCUGAACCACCACCAACAAAUAAGUGGCAACUUGAUAAUUGGUUGAAUAAAGUGAACCCUCAUAAAGUAUCACCAGCUUCAUCCGUUGACAGUAAUAUCCCAUCAUCUCAAGGUUAUAAAAAGGAAGGCAGAGAACAGGGCACUGGUAAUAGCUACACUGAAACAGGUGGAACUAAGGAAACAAGUUCUGCUACUCCUGGACGAGACUCCAAAACUGUCCAAAAAGGAUCAGAAAGUGGACGUGGGAGGCAAAAGUCUCCUGCACAGAGUGACAGCACAACACAGAGGAGAACAGUAGGCAAAAAACAACCCAAAAAGGCUGACAAGGCAGCUACUGAAGAGCCCCGGGGAGGCCUGAAGAUAGAAAGUGAAACCCCUGUAGACAUGGCUGCCAGCAUGCCCUCCAGCAGACACAAAGCAGCUACCAAAGGCUCAAGGAAACCCAAUAUUAAAAAGGAGCCCAAAUCUUCCCCACGCCCUUCAGCAGAGAAAAAGAAAUACAAAUCAACGAGUAAAUCUUCCCAGAAAUCAAGGGAAAUCAUAGAAACAGAUACCUCAUCCUCAGAUUCUGAUGAAAGCGAGAGCCUUCCUCCUUCUUCACAAACUCCUAAGUACCCUGAAAGUAACAGGACUCCUGUUAAACCCUCCUCAGUGGAGGAAGAAGAUAGCUUUUUUCGGCAGCGAAUGUUCUCUCCUAUGGAAGAGAAGGAACUUCUUUCACCCCUCAGUGAGCCUGAUGACAGGUAUCCACUUAUUGUGAAGAUUGACCUGAAUCUCUUGACUAGAAUACCAGGAAAGCCUUACAAAGAAACAGAGCCACCCAAGGGGGAAAAGAAAAAUGUGCCAGAAAAGCACACCAGAGAGACUCAGAAACAAGCUUCAGAAAAAGUUUUCAGUAAAGGCAAGCGGAAACAUAAGAAUGAAGAUGAUAACCGAGCCAGUGAAAGCAAGAAACCCAAAACAGAGGAGAAGAAUUCAGCAGGCCAUAAGACAUCCAGCAGCAGAGAGUCAUCUAAGCAAAGUGCUGCAAAAGAAAAGGAUUUGUUGCCUUCUCCUGCUGGGCCUGUUCCUUCAAAAGAUUCAAAAACAGAGCAUGGCUCUCGGAAGAGGACUAUUAGUCAGUCGUCUUCCUUAAAGUCAAGUAAUAACAACAACAAGGAGAAUAGUAACAGCAGCAAAAGCAGUUCCUCUACAUCAAAGCAGAAGAAAACUGAAGGGAAGACUUCCAGUAGCUCUAAGGAGGUCAAGGAAAAGACUUCAAGUAGUUCUUCUAACUGUCCUUCAUCUACACCAACUCCUGAAGCUUCUAAACCUCGAAGAACAAAGCUCUCCUUCGAUGACAGAAAUUAUUCAGCAGACCAUUAUUUACAAGAAGCGAAAAAGCUAAAGCACAAUGCAGAUGCACUGUCUGAUAGGUUUGAGAAAGCUGUAUACUAUCUUGAUGCUGUGGUAUCCUUCAUUGAAUGUGGGAAUGCAUUAGAGAAAAAUGCUCAGGAAUCCAAAUCCCCAUUCCUUAUGUAUUCAGAGACGGCAGAUCUCAUCAAGUACACUAUGAAGCUAAAGAAUUACUUGGCACCUGAUGCUACACCUGCAGAUAAAAGACUUACAGUACUUUGCCUGCGAUGCCAGUCUUUGCUAUAUCUGAGGCUGUUCAAACUGAAGAAGGAAAAUGCUCUGAAGUACUCAAAGACACUCACAGAGCAUCUAAAGAAUUCUUACAAUAAUUCUCAAGCACCGUCACCUGGCUUGGGAAGCAAAGCUGUGGGAAUGCCUUCCCCUGUUUCUCCAAAGCUGUCACCAGGCAAUUCAGGAAAUUAUUCUUCUGGGGCCAGUAGUGCUUCCGCAAGUGGUUCUUCAGUUACCAUUCCACACAGGAUCCACCUGAUGGCAGCCAGCUAUGUUCAGGUUACAUCCAACUUUCUCUACGCCACCGAAAUUUGGGACCAAGCUGAACAGCUUUCCAAAGAGCAAAAAGAAUUCUUUGCUGAACUGGAUAAAGUAAUGGGUCCUCUGAUCUUUAACGCAAGCAUCAUGACAGACCUAGUUCGUUAUACCCGGCAGGGACUGCACUGGCUUCGCCAGGAUGCCAAGUUGAUAUCUUGAACUGAACACAUCCUCGUUGCCUCUGAUUUUCUCCACAACACUGUGUCACAUCACGAAGGAAAACUGCCAUAAUACGUCACCUAGUCGACACUAAGAAUGAGGAAUGGUUUUCUCCUCCCUGAUUCAUGCAUUGUGUUUUUUUGUUGUUGUUUGUUUUUUUACAACCCAAAGCCGUUAUGUCAGUUGACCUCUUCUUUCCCCCAUAUGAAAAAUUUAUUUAAAUGUUUCUAAAUCUGCAGCACAUUGAAUAAGAUGGUUUUAGUGAUUUACUGUAAGAUUGAAAUUUCAAUUGCAAUUCAUGACUGUAUUAACUGAAAUUUUAUUUAUUUUAAUGUUUUAAGUUCCCAGUUUGAGGAUACUUUGAAAUGUAGUUAUUUCUGCCUAUAAAUUUACUCUGUUGAAUAUUUAGGAUAAACUUAAUGUAAACAUUUUUAUUUAUAUACUUUGGGAGCUUUGUUACCUAAUGUCUUCGUGAUAGCUCUUCUAAGAGUAAGAGUUGGUUCACCUAAAAUAUGAACAUGUUCUUUCUACACCUACUACCUGAUAUUAUUUCAAAUCUUAACUACAAUUUUAUUAUUACAGAAUUUAUACUUAGUGUUAAAGCUAUUCUUCUACGCAUGAAAAUCACUUAACGAUCAGAAGAUGGCAUUCUACACGGUUGUAAAAUGAAAUGUAUCUGGUUUAGUAUGCAUUACUUCAAGAACUGUGAAUGUGUUAAUAACACUAUAGCAAUCACAAGGUGACUAUAACUUGCAUUUAAUGCAUUACAUAAAAAGACAGGCAAACUUUAUAGGAGAAGCAUAUCGUGUGAAGUUUCAUAAAAGGACAAUCUUGAACGUUAUAUGGAUUUUAUUAAAACCAUGUACUUUCUGUUCUUGUUGCUAAUCAUUUGACAGUUAAUUGAAACAGUAAGUUACUGUUGAACAAGAAUGAGCCAACUCCUGAUGGUUGCUGCUUGCAUCUCUUUUCAUGGAUGUUUGAAAGGUAAAAUUUCUCUUCAGAAAUCUGUUUUAAAAAUUCCCCUCACACUAGAUUGUGCUUUUGUGUUAGAGUUUGUAAUGAGUGAUAAUAGGAAUGGGCUGGGGGCUUGGUAUGUGUGCUUUUGUUAUACAAGUUCUGAUGCCCAAUAUUGAAAUGAUUAAUUUCUCCUUUUAAACCUAUAUUAUAUUUGCUCCCUUCAUAUUAUGAAGACUCUGGUUAUUGUAUGUUUCUGAUGGGAUUAGAAAAUUCACAUUAGAAAAAUAUCUAAUGUGUUUGAAAGUGAGCUCACUUGGGAAGAUGAGUAGAGCAGGAAGUAGAGUCUUAAGAAGCCAACCCAAUAAAAGUUGUUUAUCAAAGUAUCUUUCCCUACAUUGUGUGCAUAGGAGUCAAAAGUGAGAGUUGUACCUUCUGUGUUUUGUUUUUAGUGCCCCUGUCAUGUCUGGUGUGCCUUGAAUCUUACCUUUAAGUGAAGACUGGAUUGUUUACAGAUGAAGAUUUUACGCUAGGGCCAGAUCACCCAUACAAUUGGUCUUCUCUCAUAUGUUAAAUUAGCUUUUCUUUAAACUCUUUAUUUAGGAUCACACAAAGAUGAAUUCUUUCAAAAAAGUUAAUGCCUGUCUAUACAAUGUAGUUUCACCUAUUGGGUAAUGCUGCUUCAAAAAAAAAAAAAAAAGCUUAUCCUUCCUAUUAAAAAAAAUUCCAUCAAAUCAGGAAAAAAUAUCAGCCUGCUACUUCUGGAAAAUUGCUAAGGCUUAAAAUGGGAAGAGAGAAAAAAAAAAAAAAAAAGUCUCCAAGCCCAGUGGUGCAGUAAAUCCUCUGUGUUUGAGUCUCCUUUAUACUUCUGAAACUAGUAAAUUUUCAUUGUCCUGUGGCCUCAUAUUUAAAGUGCUUCUUAGCUAUUUUUUUAAACCUCACUUUUUUUUUCGUAUUAUUAAAGAUUGAAACCCACAAACUAUGUGGAAUUUGACCCCUUUCCCCUGGAGAAACUGUCUCUGAUAGCUUUCUAAUUUAGGAACAGUUUUCCUUAAAAGGACAACUUCUCAGUGAUCAUAGUAGUAAGAAACUUGUCACUGUUAAUCACAUAGAUGUAUGUCCUGUCCUUCUCUAACUCUCAUGACUCUGAUUCCUAAUUUUACACUGAUGUUUCAGAAUUGGAAAAAGUAUACACUAUACUUUUAGACCUGUAACAUCAGACUGUGGGGCUCCCUGAGUUGUAGUAUACGCUAGUCUCUUGUGUGUUCUGAAAGGUAGCAGGAGUGUGUGUUUCUGUGAUCACAGUGAUACUUUAUUGAAGGAGAAUUUGCUGCAUGUUUUAUGGUGCUGCUCUAAAAUACUCUCUGUUCUCUAUUCUCUAAAUUCUUAGAGAAUGAAUUUUUCAAGUUUUCAUUAUGGAGGACUUUUCCCAUGGGGGUAGUAAUAGGUGAUGGAGCAACUCCUAUCCUGAGUAAUUGGAUUCCUUUUCCUUCCUUCCUCCCUUCCUUCCCUUCCUUCCCUUCCUUCCUUUCUUUCUUUCUUUUUUCCUUCCUUCCUUCCUUCCUUCCUUCCUUCCUUCCAUCAGAGCACUGUUCAGCUCUGGCUAUUUUGAUGGUGCCGGGGUCUGAACUUAAGACCUCUCGCAUGCAAGUCUUGUGUGCUACUGAUGUGCUAUAUCCUCCAGCUCCAGUCAUUUUUAAUGUAAUAAUCUGUGGAAAUACCACUCCCUCUUUUUUGCGUCUGUCUUUUCAGAAGUUUUUCUUCAUCUUUAUCUGCUCUAGCACAUACUUUGUACUCUUUAUAGCUAACCAUUCCUCCUUCCUCAAUAGAUGUCUUCAGUGUUCUCUCACCAUUUUAAACUGAAUUUGACAAGUGGCUAAAAACUUACUGAGUCUGAAACUUGUAUCUAAUAUAUAAUUAAUUGUAGAAAUAGCAACUAUUUUAAAAAUUACUCUGUUGAGUGCUCUUUAAACCACACUUGUCUGCCAGGAGGCAGCAGCUUAAACCAUUGGACUCAUUGCAGGGAACCAGUGAACAGAUUGCUGUGGCUGAAGUUGCCCAGCCUAGGAUUGGCUGUGGAGAGAACUCAGUCCUCUAAGUUGAUGGGAGCUUCCACCGCCUAGCCCAAACCCAGUCUGGCUAGGGAGCAGUCAGCCUGUUUCUUCCCUACGUGCCACAGUUUUCUGGGCAAGUAGCCAAGAGCUCACUUUAUUAGCAGUGAGUACUUCAGAUAAAUUUACAGCUGUAGUUGCUGAAAAGUGGAGAAGAUUGACCAUCACAAAUUUAACUCUCCAAAGUAAAAUCAAUCUAGAGUAAUGUGUGCACACACCCACACAUUUGUGCUCUGGAGAGCUCCUGCAUGGAUGGACCCAUAUACAUCUGGGCUGCUCUUUGACACAUCUGUGGCUUUAUUAGAUUCACUGUUGUUGUUAUUGUUGUUGUUGUUGUUUAUAAAUCGUUUCUUUUCAGUAAAGAAAGGCUUAAUCAGCUAGAUCAGACAGCAUCAUUUUGUAUUUAUGACAGAAGCUUUGGUAAAUUAUCUUUAAUAUAUGAGCUUGCCUUGUAAAGCAAGAGCCUACAAAAGACACCUGUUAUAAAUGAAAGUUGUGACUCUGGAGACCUGCAGUGCUCUGGGGCUUCUCAGCAGCCAGUGGUUGCUCCAGCCAGUGAUGCCUAGUUAUACAGAGGAGAGGUACACUGCACUCUUCUAGGUGUGAGGGUAUGCAACUUUGGGAUUUUAAAAUUAUGUACACAUACACACUUUAUAUAUAUGUACGUAUGUAUGAAAUUAGUUUGUCAAAAAUGUGUGUGUUUAGUAUUUUAGCUUAGUGCAACUAUUUCCACAUUAUUUAUUAAAUUGAUCUAAGACACUUUCUUGUUGACACCUUGACUAUUAAUGCCCAAGGGUGCAAUGUGUAUUCCUUUUAGAUUGUUAAAGCUUAAUUACGAUGAUUUGUAGUAAAUUGACUUUUAAAGUAUAUUUGAGCCCUUCUGUAAUAUAAUAGGGCUCUUACAGGGUGGGAAGGAUUUAAUUUUCCAAUUGCUGAUUGAACAAAACGGCCUCAUUAUAUAUUUUGAAUUACAAGAGUUUGCCUCUGGGUUCAAGGAAUAUCUACUGGGGAUGACUGUUUUAGGCACAUUAUGAUGAUAUAUUUUUUUUUCUUUUAAAAAAGAAAAGGGCCUAAGUUAAUUGGAAAGCAAAACAUUUCAAAUCCAUAUAAACUCCUAUAACUCAUUUCACGUUAAACUAAUUUCAACUUCAUGUAUCAUAUGUUGGAGAGGCAGACUUUUUCCCAAUAAGAAAAUCACACAUCUAAGGUUUAAUUAAAAUUAAUAGAAGAGCCAAGUCUUGAAUAACUGUGGAAUAUAUUGUAACAUGAGGCCAAACUGACUAUGUUUGUAAGCAUAUCUUUUUAUACUGACUAAUAAGAGAAAUUCAAUUUAGACUUCUAGACCCUAGAACCAAGUUGGCAGGUGACAAGAGGUAAUGUUUAUGCUGAUUCUAUUCAAAUAAACCCAAUAGUUAGUUAAAAAAGAACAAACUGCCUCUAGAAAAGGUAAUGGGAAAAGAAUCUAAACCUCUUCUUUUCAAUGAAAUUUGGUCGCCACUCCCAGCAAGAAAUUCUAAUACUACUCAUUUUUGACUUGACUGCUUUCACGUGGAGUUUCUUCUCAGUUUUCAACCACUGGAAUUGUCUACCUGCUAUGUUCUUUACGAAAUACAUAUUUGGAAAUGCUGCCUUCCAAGUCAAUGCCAUUGAUUAUCCAUAUUGUUAGUUUUGUUGUUGCUGUUUAAGAAGUGUCCCCUUUUUACAACUUUAUGCACACACACACACCUGGCAAGUCAUUGAAAUGAGCAUUCAACAGUACUGGGGUGUGGGGGGGUGGGACAGGGUUGGGCAGGGCUCACCAACAGAGCUGGCCCGAUUGGCAGUGCAUGAAAAGGCACCACCUAUGAGGACCAGAUGUGAGGUUGGUAAGCACAGUUACGAAAAAUUCUAACUAACCUCCAUUUUGAAUGGUUUUAAGAAAUUUUGUAUAUGGAGGAUGAAAAUGCUUAUAUAUUUAUUGAAAAUCCUUUUAUUUGAAAUUAAAAUUAUUUGGUUAAUAAUGGUUUGAUAUUGGGGGAGGGUUUUGGAAGGGACGUAAUGUUACUAAUAAAAGCCUUGUUGAUUCUGCAGAAAGGUACUGUUAGUGUCUGAUAGGAUGCCUUUGUUUUGUACAUGAUUCAAAUCUUUGUUUUACAUUUUUUUAUCCAAAAUAUUUAGGCAUCUGACAUUUUCAACCAAAAUUUCAAUUAUAUACUGUGAUUUUUAUUUGUUGCAAUACAUUAAAAUUUCAGAGGUACUUUGGGGCUCAAAAGCUAGAAUUUCUAAAUCAGUAUGUGCAUUUCACAUAAUAAAGCUGUUAAUGGUGAGCAAAGUAUUAUAUACUAACUAGAUUUUUCACAUCUGUAUAUUGAAUAGUAUAUUAUAUGUAUUUUGUGGUAUUGAGAUUAUAGAAAGUUUAGAGUGUCAAACAUGCGUUUAUGUGUAUUUUUAAACAAAUUUAUGACAAUUAAAAUAUUUGGAGACAAGGGUAUCACAUUUCAAUUUGUAAAGAUCUUUUUAACUCUACUGUGUCAUUAAGAUGCUUUGUAUAAUGCCAAACCAUAGCUGGAGAAACUAAGUUUAAUAAAUAUCAAAUAGAUUUUCUGUAUUAAAGUUUAUAAACACUG